AGCAAUAUUUUUUUGAGGUUAAACAACUUUUACACAAUGGUUAUGUUUUGAAAGAAAUUGUUUAUAUUUAUAAUUAAACUUUUCCUGAUAUUUUAUACCUAGUGAAACUCCACGAAGUCAAGUAUUUGACAAUGCGUAUAAAAACAAUAUUUGCCAUUUUACUUUGUGCAACAGCGUCAACAAUCCUAAUAUACUUAAUGACAAAAAAUGAGUUUUAUGACGUGCCUAAGAUACACAUAAAUUCGAGAUUAUCCGAUUUGGAGCAAUCUUUGAAACAAGAGUUCGAGCAAAACUCAAAAUUGAUAAAUGGUAUUAAAAAAAUUAUUGAAAAAGCAGGCAAAGUCGGAGAAAAUAAAGGUGGUAAGAUAGAUGAUCCAGGAGAAGUUGGAAAACCAACAUCAACACUUCAAUAUCCAGUUAUUCCUGUCCUUGUGUUUGCUUGUAAUCGAAUUACUGUAAAGAAGUGCCUAGAUCAAUUAAUUCUUUAUAGACCCAGCAAAGAGCAAUUUCCAAUAAUUGUCAGUCAGGAUUGUAACCAUGAGGAUACCAGAAAUGUUAUAUUGUCAUAUGGAGAUGAACUUAUAUAUAUUCAACAACCAGAUCAAUCUGAAAUAGCUGUUCCUCCGAAAGAAAAAAAGUUUAAGGGAUAUUUUAAGAUAGCAAGGCAUUAUGGAUGGGCUUUAAACCACACAUUUCUCAAAUUAAAUUUUGAUACGGUUAUAAUUGUUGAAGAUGACCUGGAUAUAGCACCUGACUUUUUUGAAUAUUUUCUGGGAACAUAUCCCAUUUUGAAGAAAGAUAAAACAUUGUGGUGUGUUUCUGCUUGGAAUGACAAUGGGAAAGCUGAUUUAGUAGACAAUGAUGCUUCCACAUUACUAUAUCGGACUGACUUUUUUCCGGGACUGGGUUGGAUGUUAACUAAAGAUCUGUGGCUGGAGUUAGCACCAAAAUGGCCAAAAUCAUACUGGGAUGAUUGGAUAAGACAACCCCAGCAAAGAAAAGAAAGAGCUUGUAUUAGGCCAGAAUUGUCAAGAACAAGAACAUUUGGAAAAUUUGGGGUUUCCAAUGGACUGUUCUAUGAAAAACACUUAAAGUAUAUUAAGUUAAAUGAAAAAUUUGUACCAUUUAGAAGUAUGAAUCUUACAUACUUAAUGAAGGAUAAAUAUGAUGUGAUGUUUCUUAAAGAGGUAUACACGAGUGCUGUUGUUGGAUACAGUGAAUUAAGGUCAAAUCAAAUUGUGAAUGAAGGUCCUGUCAGAAUUCCAUAUCAUACAAAAGACAUAUAUAAAAGAACUGCCAAGAUAUUAGGACUAAUGGAUGACUUCAGGAGUGGCGUGCCUAGGAUGGGAUACCGAGGUGUGGUUUCAUUUUUUUAUAAUGGAAGAAGAGUGUAUUUGGCACCUCCACCAAAUUGGAAGGGAUAUGAUAUCACUUGGAGCUAACACAAGUGAACAUUCAAAAAAUGAACUUCUAGUAAAACACAUUCGAUGAUAAUAAUGGACUUUGCAAGCUUGCAGAAAAAUUUAUGUGAGUG